AAAACAUGCAGACGAAAUUGUCGCGACAUAAAUACGUCCAUGUAGUUACAUUAUUGUGUCAAAUGCAGGGAAGAGCUCAUGAAUCGUAUGUGAGAUCAAAUCAUUGUGUCACAUCUCAAUCAAUCUGACAUCGUCCUUACUCGCAUGCCAUUUGACACUGAAUAUUGGCAAUGGCACAUAUCGCAUGGGUCCCGCUUAUCUUUGUAGCAGGAAGCCUAUAUCUGUAUUAUCUUUCAACUAUCUUUCCAGUAUCGAAAAACUAUACGGCUGUUGAGCUGAAAUUUCCCACAACCUUGGCAGAACUCCAAACUUUGGCAAGGAAUCUGCAUGAUUACAAGACAGAACAUAUUGAAUAUGUUAUUUUCUUGUUUUCAAGUGCUUAUAUCUACAAGCAGACAUUUGCUAUACCUGGUUCAGUCUUCAUGAAUCUCUUGGCAGGGGCUCUAUUUGGUGUGUGGUAUGGUUUCCCCCUGGUCUGUCUUCUUACAGGAAUAGGAGCAACAAAUUGUUAUCUCCUCUCCUGGGCAUUUGGAAAACCAUACAUCCAAAAAUACUUUCCAGAUAGAGUAAAAUCAUUACAAGAUAAGGUAGAUAAGAACCUAGACAGUUUGUUUUUCUUUCUCUUGUUUCUGCGCCUGUUUCCUAUGUCCCCAAAUUGGUUUCUGAACAUGGCAUCCCCAGUGUUGAAUAUUCCCAUAGGCCAGUUCUUCUUCUCAGUUUUAAUUGGACUGAUGCCUUACAACAUGAUAUGUGUUCAGACAGGCUGUAUGGUGUCAGAACUUCGCUCUAUGAACCAUGUGUUUACAUACAGCACUCUUCUCAAACUAGCAGGUUUAGCAACAGUAACUCUUCUCCCAGGCUAUCUCAUACAGAGGUUUAAAAACCACAGGCUGAAGCUUGAGUGAAGAGAUCAGUGAACUGUGAAUAUGUAAGUCACUGUUAUAGAGGUAAUGACAUGUAGAAAGGCCAGUGGAAUGUGGUUUAAAUGUAAAUUGCAUUGUUUAAAUUUGUAAAAUCAUGAUGUUGGAACUUCUUAUGUAAUAUAUGUAUAUAAUGAAAUACGUGCACAGAGCAGUCAUCAAAUGAUGGAUGUUAUCUAAAAGGGAGAUACUUAUAUUCUAAUAUGUUACAAAGCAAUAUGUGGGAUAUCUAAUGUAACUGUUAUACUAGUCCCAGGCAAUAUGUAUAUAAUUAUACAGUAUAUGUAAGUUGUUAGCAUUGUAUGUUGUGUGGUCUUCUACAUAUACUUAUUCUAGUGGAAAAAGCAUUGGGUAGGGGUGAUGCACAGAGGUUAAAGCACAUUAGUGGGGUGGUAGUAUUGAAGAACUUUAUUUGUCGUAUUGUUUGUGACAAGAACGCACAUGAUUUUUGUUUCUGCUCUUCACAACCAUUGUCUACCUAGCUCAGCAUGUUUUACUUGAUUGGCCAGAAUGACCAGUUCCAUAUAUGAUUGCUCAGCAGUAAAACAAGGAAUAACAUAUCCAAAUUUUUUGUAUCUGACACCAUAAUAAAUUUUUUUUUCUUUCAAAAUUGGUUUUUUAUUGUACAUGUAUGUGGCAACGGCAUGCAUGACAUUUGUGUAUGGCUGCGUGGUGCUUCACGUGAUGUCUGUCUGACUCUCUACACAUUUACAUGAAAAUAACUUUGAGCUCAGGAAAGUUCAGCAUGUGGAUGAACUUAUGUCAGUUUGUAUCCAUAUAUUGAAACCUCAUUAAUGUUAAGGAGUGAAAUAUUUCUUUGAAUGGCGAUGAGAAUAUUUCACAUACAACAAAGAAAGGUGUUGAUACCUCAUUGGUUGAGGGCUAGUCAUUCUCCAGGAGAGCCAUUUAGAGUUCAAGUCCAGCUCAUGCUGGUUUCCUCUCCGGCCAUACUUGGGAAGGUCUGCCACCAACCUGCGGAUGGUCGUGGGUUUUCCCCGGGCUCUGCCCGGUUUCCUCACACCAUAAUGCUGGUCGCCGUCGUAUAAGUGAAAUAUUCUUGAGUAUGGCGUAAAACACCAAUCAAAUGAAUAAAUAAAUAAAUCAUUGGUUGAAGGCUAGUCAUCCUCCAGGAGAGCCAUUUAGAUGGCUCAGCCAGCAAGGGUGUACAGUGAACACUCAGCCCCAUUGGGUGAGUGCUAGUCAUCCUCCAGGAGAGCCAUUUAGAUGGCUCAGCCAGCAAGGGUGUACAGUGAACACUCAGCCCCAUUGGCUGAGGGCUGGUCAUCUUCCAGGAGAACCAUUUAGAUGGCUCAGCAAGC